AUGGUUUUGCACCUCUCUGUUGAUAUCCACCAGGUCCUUGGAGCAGCCAUGGUGAAGUUAUGGUUUGUAAUCGGAGCUGUCCUUGUAGUGACCGUUAGUCGCACGGAAGGAACAGUAACACUGCCAAUUCCAACACUCAAAGCCCAGCAAGGUGGAAACUACAAUUUUUCAUGUGAGGUAACAGGUGAAAGCUUUGUGGCCUGGGUAACACCAGCCAAACCAGCACGACCAGGAAGGCAUGCUAUACCAAGUGUUAGAAUCCCAGCUAAUCAGACAACAACUGUAAACAGGAGAAGAAUUUCAGUGUCUGGAGACUACUAUCAACUAACGACUGAGAACGUGAUAGUGGAUGAUGGUGGCAAGUACAUCUGUGAAGGAUCAGUUAACAGUGCAGUCUUCACUCUUCAAGUUGACUUUGAAACAGGACACGUUGUUACAAAACAAGAAUUGCAUCUUGGUGGAAAUGGAACAAUAAGACUGGAUGUAUCUGCAUAUCCACCACUAACUUACAACUGGAGUAAAGACGGACAACAACUCAUCUUCCCUAUGGCAGGCAAAACACUUGACCCGUACACUGGCUCUAUUUCCAUUGACAAUGUCCAAGAAAGUGAUGAAGGAAACUACACGUGCACAGUGAAAUAUGGUACAGCAGACACUGUUAAGACUGAAGUCACAACUAUAGAAACGAGAAAACCUCCAACCACUGCAUACUAA